AUGUUGGGAGGAGUUGGUGUCGAGAGUGAGGAGAAGGAGGGUGAGUUUCGGCACGAGGUCGAGAAGGAGGGAAGAAACAAGGAGGCAGGACGCAAGCACGGCAGCAGAGAGAGGAGCCAACCAGGCAAAUCCGAAUUCCCGAGUCGCCAGCUGAGAUCCGACGGCUACGUCCUGGGAUCGGCCGAGCCAGGCGGGCGGGCAGGUCGGCAUCCAAGGGGGUUUAGGAGGGCAAAGCGGGUGGAUACUCGUCUCGAUUACAUAGUGGCGUGA